AGCCGUACACACAUUUUUACAGGCCGAAUCCAAAAUGGCGUCAUUUAGCAGCUUCAUCCUCGCCGUUGGAUUUUUAGGGCUCGCACAUGCCGGUUAUUCCGCGGCUCAGCACAGAACCUAUUUGAGGUUGACAGAACAGGAGUUCACAAGAUUGCCUAUCGAUAUAGUUAGCCAGUGUUUGGUCAGCCUUUUGAUUACCAUAUAUGGCGUGCUCAACAUAGCUGGACAGUUCAGAGGCAUCAAAGCCAUGGCCGACAUGGAAAAGAAAUCUUUUGACACAGUUGGUAACCGACCGUCAUUCUUAAUGUUCCGGCAUCGCGGCCAGGCAAUGUUUGGCCUGAACCCAAGCGUGAGCCCACCCAGCAACAAAACUGUUGAAACAUUAGAGCCAGCCACAUGAUGAAGAAAGAAGGGCAUAAUCCACCAGUUUCGCUAGUAGUACUCUGCACACUCGGCUAGGCUGUGCCCCCCAUGGAAUCAAGUGUACCGAGAUUGAACAGUCGCUGCACUCAUCCAGGAAUUUGAUUUCUCUUUGAUUUGUACUGCAAAUAAGAAUUGUGGCCAUUCUUUCUCAAAUCCACUGAGGUUGAGGCUGCCUAGGGUACACCUCCAGCCACUCGAAAUACUGUCCUAUUUUUCUAGAUGGCUGAUUACAUGAAAACUGAGUUUAUUUGUCCUUCAACGCUCGCAGUGACCAGUCAUGUUUGGAGAGAACAGAUUUGAUUAAAGACAGCUCAGAAGCAAGUAGGGAAUUGGGAUGGUUAAUACUAUGUAGGUGUAUGUAUGAACCUGUAACAUUUGCUUUGGCCUGGGAAACAAAACACAUUUUUUAACUAGUGAACUUUUACUGCAGGGAAAACAAGACAUAGGUGCAGCGGGCAUUUAAAUGUGGACAGAAGCUUGCCGGGGACUUGAACACUUACUGCCUUUGCCAAUGAUGGCGAUGCAAAUUUUGAGAAUUAAAUGUUAUGAACCUCCUGAAGAGACCCUGUUUCUUCCCAUACAGUUUUUACUGAUUUAUCUUUAUUAAAAACCCACACUUGGCUCUGCUAGAACAAGUACAGAAUAUAAAAGUAUCAAGGGUGUGUUUUACCCCCCCCCACAAAAAGAAUGAAAAACUGCGACGAUAGUUCCCCAGUAAACCAACAGCCCAAGUUAUUUCAUUUAAAAAAAACUGAAUUUAAAAAAGGAUUGACGGCAAUGUAUCGGAAGACUGAAAAUAAAGAAUACGUCUUGCAGAAA